AAAGAGUGUAUUGCAAGUUUUGUCCUUUAUCUUUAGGGCACUUUGCAGGCGGUGUCCUUUAUGUUUAAAGUUGACGAGUUUUGUCCUUUAUGUAUUAAAAUCAAGCACGUUUUACCCUUUGAGCCUAACCCAGUCAGUUUUCCCAGUUAAAGCUGAUCACGUGCAUGUCAUGUGAGGGGUAGUUCAGUCAUUUAAUGUGCACAUUCACAAAUGCAGAGAUUCCCCCAAAUAUAAACCCUAUCUCUUCAGUAAACCUCCACUUUGAUCCUUCACUCUUCUCUGGUUCAUCUCCUUCCCCCUUUAGCUUUCGAAAUUUAGGGUUUAGCCACAAAGAUGGCCGAUGAAGAUGGCUGGUACAUCAGAGAAACAGCGAUGCUAGAUUCCGACGUUGUUCGAUUUUAUGAUGGUUUUCCUCAUCUAUUCACUCUACGUCUUCAUCAUGGUGGUCGAUUAACACAACCUCCAGGUCGUAUGUAUGUUGGAGGUAAGAUCGAUCAUGUAGACUUGAUUGACAUCGACAAGUUCUCUGUACAUGAGGUUGAUCUUAUGCUUGAUAUUUUAGGGUAUAAUGGUCGUGUAGAACCAAUGUGUUACAUGUUUUUACAUCCUAAAAAAAAUUUAGACCAGGGUCUUGAACACUUGAGCUGUGACAAAGAUUGCCUUAACUUGGGUACACAUGUGGAAGAGCACAAGAUAAUCAAUGUCUACAUAUCACAUGGGUUGAAAAACAUUAAAGAUAUUUUUUCACCAGUUGAAGUUAAGCCACCUGUUACCAUAGAGGAGAUUGAUGAACCUGGACCAUUUUCAAUUGUUCCUUUUAAGUUAAACUUUGAUGCAUGUUUAGAUGAUUUAGAAGUUGGUCAAGGUAGUGGGUCUAGGCAGGAGGUUAACAAUGAUACUGCAGGUUUAGAAGUUGGUCAAGGUAGUGGGUCUAGGCAGGAGGUUAACAAUGACACUGCAUGUUUAGAUGAUUUAGAAUUACGUGAUCAAGAUGAUAAUGAGGACAAUGUAGAAAAUGAUGAUAAUGAGGUGGAUCAGGAUAAUGAGGUAGAUGGUUCAAGUGAAAAUGAUGAUAAUGAGGUGGAUCAGGAUGAUGAGGUAGAUGGUUUAAGUGAAAAUGAUCAUGCUAGUGAUGAUGACAGUGACUAUAUUGUUGAUGAGGCUAACAAUAUAAAAGACCAUGAAGUUGACAUGCCUGAUUAUAGUUCAAGAGGCUGA